AACGUUCGUGUGACAGUCGUCUGCUGUUCUUCUAAGUUUUAAGGUCGUGCCAGUAAGUUUUGUUCGUUACGAGUGACCAUCCAACAAGUGUGUCUAUGACAGUGUUGAACAGAGUUUCAGAUCCUCCAUCGUUUAUGAUUUGUUGGAAAAGAAAUGACGUCUGGUACGGUGUUUUUUUGUCAGUUCGGAACUUAGGUGGUUUUCGAGACCAGUUCUCGCAGUUUCAUUAUUAUAUAUAUCGUCAACGAUGUUGCAAUAGACAUGUGUUGUUCUAAGUUGAAUCGUGGCAGUUUUAGAAGUGUUCUUUUUGAGCGAAUACUGUGACUUCUUAAUGUUUUGAAGAAAUGCCGUGAAUCUGCAGUAUGUUGCAUAUUUUAGGUUUGGAUAAUACGUAAGAAGUAACAGCCCACAGCAAAAUAUUCAUCCUGUCAUGACGUCUCUGUCGUUCUCCAAGAUCCUGAAGUUUCCGUGUACACGGAGGAAUUCAGAGCAACAUUCAUUAUGGACGUUGGUUAUCAUUCUGAUGUUGGUAUUGUUACGAGAGGCUGACAGUGAAGUGCUUUGCCCUGAAGGAUGUUUAUGCUAUCGUUGGACUCCGACGAUACUGUGCGCUUACACGCACCUACACCAACUGCCCAAGGGCAUACAGUUCUGGUACACACACCUUGAUGUGACACAUGACAACAUUUCUGUCUUGUAUGAGAACGAGUUAAAGUUAGCAGGUUUAUUGCAUCUUCGGACGCUCAAGAUCGUCUCAAGUCACUUGACAGCGUUACAAGAUAGAGUGUUCAGCGGCGUGACAAAUUUGACUUUACUUAACCUGACAAACAAUGCAUUGCACACCCUGAACUCUGGUGCGUUCUGUGGUCUGGAGUCACUCCGCAAACUUGAUCUGAGUAAGAACAGGAUAAACAGCAUCCAUCAGGAUGCCUUCUGUGCCUUAUCGACCCUGCAGGUACUGAGUUUAGAUGAGAACAAGCUAAGCACUCUAGAAUUUGGAACUUUUCAAGGUCUUACCAACCUAACUGUACUCUCGCUGAGAAAUAAUAUCAUUGAGGCAUUUUCUGACCGUGUGUUUGAAGAUUUACAUAAUGUGGUAUUUCUUGAUCUGACUGGCAACCACAUAAAGCUGCUGGAUGCUGAAUACUUGUUCCAAGGAAUGAAAAACUUGUUAAUACUCUAUCUCAUUGAUAACAAUUUAACAUGUGACUGUGGACUGAAAGAUACGUGGCUCUGGUUUGCAAGUCAUAAUGUUGGCAACAUUGCUACAUGUGCUAGCCCUACAGAGCUGUCAGGACAGUCGUGGGUUGUACUGAAUCACACAGUCUGUUCAGUUUCUGAUCCUGUGUUGGCUGUUGGAAUUGGGUCUGUUUCAGUGUACGUCCUUUUAGCUGUGUUGGUGUUAGAGAUAAUGCUAGCAGUAAUUAUGUAUAUAUAUCAUAAGAAGUAUCCGACAGAGUCCCAGUCAGAAUCCAUCGCCUUACAUGUGAUGUCAGGAAGUAGCAGUGAAGGCAUACAUAAUCCUGAAAGCUGAUACUGGUUGACGUAAUGGAGGGAGGAGACUAUUAAAUUUAACCCGUCACUUCCAUUCAGAAGCACUGGGUCUAUCAGCUGCGGUUUAUGUGACGUGAAUAGUUUUGAUAGAGAAACAUUUGUAAAUAUUUGUGCAAAUAAAUGUAAAUAGGGAAUGAAAAUGCAGAUCUACUUGGAUUCUUAUUAAAGGCCUGUAUGAUGUAAUUUCUGUUCAAAACAGCAUUAGAAUGAA